GCUUCGGAAAAUUUUUUUGUUACGUCUUUAGAUUUCGAUUUUUAUUUUAGAUUCAGUAAUUGUCAAUUACGUUCAAUUCAAAUGGAUGCCGGAUUCUAUCGUGGCACUUCUACUGAUCAAGACAUUCGUUUUACAGAUAAGGAACGGAAAUUGCUAAAACAGAUGCGGUUUGAACAAGUGCUUGAUAUGAAGGUGGACAUGCAGAAAGUCAACUUAAAUGUCAUCAAACCAUGGAUUACUCUUAAAUUAAAUGAAAUUCUUGGUAUGGAAGAUGAUGUGGUUGUUGAAUAUGUCUUUACACAACUUGAAGAUCGUGAUAUAAAUCCAAAGAAAAUACAAAUCAAUUUGGCUGGAUUUUUGAAUGCCAAACGUGCACGUGAAUUUAUGGGAGAACUCUGGCAAAUGUUUGUUGAAGCACAAAACAGCCCCGAAGGGAUUCCAGCCUCUCUCGUUGAAAAGAAAGUGAUGGAAUUGAAAAUUGCCUCCGCGAGUAAGCCAGCUGAACAGACUUAUGCAAAGGCUACUGAAGUAGAUUGGCAACACCGUUACAAAUCUCUCACUGGUGGACGUUAUGGAAAACUUGAUCCAAGAAGUUAUGAGGUUGAUUACAAAAGAGAAGGUUCUCCCAGACGUAGUCGUGAACGCUCUGGCGAGCGAGAACCAGCUCGACGCCGAGAUUCAGAUGAGGAUCGACUUGAACGUGCAGAGCGCCGUCUGCGAUAUGAAGAACAACGAUUUAAGGAACGAAAGGUAAAUUUUAAGUGA